AUGAUAAUUAAUAGGAAACUAAAUAAGAGUCAUCCGGAUAUUCUGUGCGGCAAAACAUGUUAUGAUCUGCCCGUCAAAGAGGUCCACAAAUUGUCCAACAAAUUGGUGACGGCGUCGACGGGUCCGGGAGGCGGACUAACUUGUGUUAAUCGUCGGACAAAAGCGUUUGAUUUAAGCGACGCUGACGUAGACUUCAUCGACGAAGACUAUAAUGAAACCAAUAAUAGUCUUCCGUUCCUUAAAAACGAUAACAUAAACGGAAUAAUCAGUAAAAGCAUUGAAAACGACGAUAAAAACAAACACAAUAACAAUAAUGAAGAGAAUUGGGAGCAAAAGUCACCCAUAAUUAGUUCAGAGACUGAAAACAUCCAUAAAAGCGCGACAAUAGCUUUGGGCGAAGAUAUCGCAGGCAUUGCCAAUUGGGGCUCAGGAACUGACAGCGCCUACGGAAUGGCCACAACUCUCUACGAAUGCCAUCCCUCUACUAAAGAAAAAGCCGGUGAACCGAUUGCCGACGCGUUCGGUCUCUGUGUUCGUGAGAACAGUGCGGUCAUGGCUUUGGCCGAUGGCGUCAAUUGGGGUGAGAAGUCGUGUUUGGCGGCGCGCUGUGCAGUACACGGAGCUAUCGAUUACUUAAAUAAGGCCUUGUAUUCCGAGGGAUCGCGUAUUGAAAAUACAAUGGAUAUAUUUGUAGCGCUUCUCCGCUCUUUCAAUGCCGCACACAAUCUAAUACUACAGGAAAACGGAUUACUAACGACUCUCUGCACUGCCAUUGUCUGUCAACUGAAAAAUACAGAUCGAUUUAUAGUGUGCACGUGUAAUGUCGGCGAUUCGUUGGCUUAUGUUUACAAUGAGAAACAUGGGGUCCGAGAGAUCACUCAAGGCUCACAUGACAUCUAUUCGAUGCGAGACAUGAGGGAUGCUUUGGGAGCGUUGGGUCCGGUCGACGGCACGAAUCCCGAGUUGAAUAACUUGACGGAUAUAUUCGUAGCGCUUCUCCGCUCUUUCAAUGCCGCACACAAUCUAAUACUACAGGAAAACGGAUUACUAACGACUCUCUGCACUGCCAUUGUCUGUCAACUGAAAAAUUCAGAUCGAUUUAUAGUGUGCACGUGUAAUGUCGGCGAUUCGUUGGCUUAUGUUUACAAUGAGAAACAUGGGGUCCGAGAGAUCACUCAAGGCUCACAUGACAUCUAUUCGAUGCGAGACAUGAGGGAUGCUUUGGGAGCGUUGGGUCCGGUCGACGGCACGAAUCCCGAGUUGAAUAACUUGACGGUUGCGAUGACUGUUGUCGAACGCGGAGACAUUGUCUUCUUAGCCAGUGAUGGCAUCUCCGAUAACUUCGAUCCAGUGGUCGGAAAGUUUGCCAUUCCUAAGAAAGACAAACCCUAUUCCAGCAAAACCAACGGUUCUUCCAGUGAGACCACCAAUGAUGUAAAGAAAAGUCGUCUGAAACGGUCCAACUCUAACCCGGACCGGGACUCAGCCCAUAGGCCGGCGCCGAACCCCGAUUUGCCAGUCGUUACGGCCGAACAAAGACACGAACUAUCGUUACUCCGAAUGGAAGAUCUGUUACUUAAUGGCGUGAAUGAGAGCGACAAACGUUGCACUUCUGCCAAAAAUCUUUGUCACCUAAUGGUUGACUUCUCGAUGAAGUUAACGACCGCUAAGAGGCGGAUACUGGAGGACCCGGACCUCUACGACAACGACAACUCAUUCGGUCAGUACGAGCAGAAGCAGAGGCGGCGCCGAGUGGGUGACAAGUUGGCGAUGGUGCCUGGGAAAUUAGAUCACGCGUCCAUUGUUGCCUAUAAGGUUGCCUUCUAUGGCAAAUGCAAAGACCAGGUGUUCGACGAGAAGAAUGGCAUUUGUGAGGACAAGUAUAAUCUGAGAACUCGGGCCACUUUGGCUCGAUUCGAGUCUCAGGAAGAUUUCAGUGAUUUGAGUGAAUCCACGAUCUAA